UCCACUGCGGAGUCUUCUCCAUAGUCGCCGAGCUCGAGAGGCUCACUUUCGAAACUCCAUUCUCUCGGCAACCUUUCAGUCUCUGAUUUAUCACCAUCUCUUUUCAAGCCGAUCAAUGGUGGAGAUUCUGUAAUUCUAUAAUUGAAGUUAAGACCGUGUUUGGUUUUGCUUUGCUCAUGGGGACGAGCUCUUUUAGAUCUGCGUGUGGUGCUCUGAUCAUUAUAUCAUUGUUGGGAAUCUAUGGAGGCAGUGGAGUUUUUGCUGAGACUCGAAGACCCAAGAACGUGCAGGUUGCGGUUCGAGCCAAGUGGUCGGGAACUUCAGUUCUCCUAGAAGCUGGAGAAUUGCUUGCUAAAGAACGGAAAGACCUUUACUGGGAUUUUAUUGAGGUUUGGAUUCGUGAGGAAGGAAAUGAUUCUGAUGCUUCUACCGCUAAAGAUUGUCUCAAGAAAAUUUUAAAGCACGGAUGUUUUCUUCUAAGUGACCCUCUUGCCUCAUUAUUUGAAUUUUCUCUCAUUCUAAGAUCAGCAUCCCCUAGAUUGGUUCUUUACCAACAAUUAGCAGACGAAUCUCUUUCUUCUUUUCCUCUGCCUGAAGAAAGUAUUUCCAAUAUUGUUGGAGAAGGAAAUGAAAGCAUUGAAAGGAAAAAAUCAGAUACUUCAGUUGUUGGACGUAAACCAAAAACUCCUGGUGACAGAUGUUGUUGGGUGGAUACUGGUGGAUCGCUCUUUUUUGAUGUUCCAGAAUUGCAACUGUGGCUUCAGAAUCCUGCUGAAAGAGUUGGGGAUUCUAUACAGCCACCUGACUUGUAUGACUUUGAUCACGUUCACUUCGGUUCAUCUUCUGGAAGUACAGUAGCCAUCCUUUAUGGGGCCCUUGGAACUGAUUGCUUUAAGCAAUUCCAUGUUACCCUCGUCAAAGCUGCCCAAGAGGGAAAAGUUAAGUAUGUUGUUCGACCUGUAAUACCUUCGGGCUGCGAAUUAAAAAUGAAUUCCUGUGGAGCUGUUGGUACAAGAGGUUCCUUGAAUUUGGGUGGUUAUGGGGUAGAACUUGCUCUGAAGAACAUGGAAUAUAAGGCUAUGGAUGAUAGUGCGAUAAAGAAAGGUGUCACUUUGGAAGAUCCUCGGACUGAAGAUCUUAGCCAAGAAGUUAGAGGCUUCAUAUUUUCCAAGAUUUUGGAACGUAAACCAGAGCUAACAUCUGAGAUCAUGGCCUUUAGGGAUUAUCUACUGUCAUCAACUGUUUCAGACACGCUUAAUGUGUGGGAACUGAAGGACUUGGGACAUCAAACUGCACAGAGAAUAGUACAGGCCUCUGAUCCUUUGCAGUCAAUGCAGGAAAUAAGUCAAAACUUUCCYAGCAUAGUCUCUUCCUUAUCUCGCAUGAAGCUCAAUGAUUCAGUUAAAGAUGAAAUCACUGCCAAUCAACGUAUGAUUCCAUCUGGCAAGUCCUUAAUGGCUCUGAAUGGUGCUUUAAUCAAUAUUGAAGAUGUUGACCUCUAUCUGUUGAUUGACGUGAUCCAUCAGGAUUUACUGUUGGCUGAUCAAUUUACUAAACUGAAGAUUCCUCAUCACAGCAUCCGGAAGCUUCUGUCAAGUUUGCCUCCUGCUGAUUCUGACAUGCUUCGUGUGGACUUUCGUUCUUCUCAUGUGCAUUUCCUCAAUAACUUGGAAGAAGAUGCUAUGUAUAAGCGAUGGCGGAGCAACAUCAAUGAGAUUUUGAUGCCAGUCUUUCCUGGACAACUUCGUUACAUCCGCAAAAACCUAUUUCAUGCUGUUUAUGUUCUUGAUCCGGCAACAGCCUGUGGUCUACAGACAAUUGACAUGAUCCUGUCAUUGUACGAGAACCAUUUUCCUAUUAGAUUUGGGGUCUUACUGUACUCUUCAAAAUUUAUCAAGGAAACUGAAAGGGGUGAUGAUGGAUUAACUAAAUCUGAGGAAGAUACAUCCAGUUUGGUUAUACAGCUGUUCAUUUAUUUUAAGGAGAACCAUGGAAUUCUAACAGCCUUUCAGUUUUUGAGCAAUGUAAACAAAUUACGGAUUGAAGCAGAUGGUUUAGCUGAUGAUGCUCCUGAAAUGCAUCAUGUUGAAGGAGCUUUUGUCGACACUCUUUUACCUAAGUCAAAAUCUCAUCCUCAAGAUGUGCUACUAAAGCUAGAGAAGGAGCAAACUUUUAAAGAUCUGGCUGACGAGGGUUCCAUGUUUAUUUUUUCUCUUGGCUUAUCAAAAUUGGAGUGUUCCCUCUUGAUGAAUGGGCUUGUAUUUGAUUCCAGUGAGGAGUCUCUAAUAAAUGCCAUGAACGAAGAGCUUCCUCGAAUACAGGAACAAGUUUAUUAUGGGCAUAUAUCUUCUCGCACUAAUGUGCUGGAAAAAUUCUUAUCAGACAGUGGCAUUAGUCGCUAUAAUCCUCAGAUUGUUGCUGAAGGGAAACCACGUUUUAUUUCUAUGUUUGCAUCCACUCAUGGAGGGGAGUCUUUAUUGAACGGCUUUAACUAUCUGCAUUCCCCUGGAACUAUGGACGAUUUGAAGCCUGUGACCCAUCUCUUGGUCAUCGAUGUUGCUUCAAAGAAAGGAAUAAAGUUGCUGGAAGAAGGCUUGCACUAUCUGAUGAGAGGAUCUAAAAGCGCUCGUGUUGGGUUCCUUUUUACUGCUAGCAACCAUACCAGUGAAUCCAGUUUACUUUUGGUCAAGGUUUUUGAGAUUAGUGCAUCAUUGCAUAGCCACAAAAAGAAAGUAUUAGAUUUUCUGGACCAGUUGUGCUCAAUAUAUAGUCAAAAGUUCAUCUUUGAAUCUUCGGUAACAGUUGAUAGCCCUCAAGAAUUUAUUGAGGAAGCAUGUAAGCUUGCUGAAGCUAACGAGUUACCACCUAAAGCAUACAGAAUAGCUUUCUCUGAUUCUUUUGUUGAUGAAAUGAGAAAGUAUUUGGGUCAGGUGGAACUUCUGUCAGGGCAGCUUGGCCUUGAAGCUAAUGUUAAUGCAGUUAUUACUAACGGAAGAGUUACACUUCUUACUGAUGAGAGCUCAUUUUUGAGCCACGACCUACAUCUACUGGAAGCAGUUGAGUUUAAGCGGAGAAUAAAACAUAUUGUGGAAAUUGUUGAAGAAGUGAACUGGGAUGAUUUUGAUCCCGACACAUUAACGAGCAACUUCAUCAGUGAUGUUAUUAUGUUUGUUUCAUCCUCAAUGGCUCGGCGGGAGCGAAGUUCCGAAAGUGCACGUUUUGAGGUUUUGAAUGCAGAAUAUAGUGCCAUUGUGGUAGGUAACGACAAUUCAAGCAUCCAUAUCGAUGCUGUUAUUGAUCCACUAAGCCCGUCUGGCCAGAAGCUAUCAUCAAUUCUUCGAGUUUUGUCAAAAUACGUACAACCUAGCAUGAGGAUUAUAUUAAAUCCGCUGAGUUCGCUUGUUGAUUUACCUCUGAAGAAUUACUACCGCUAUGUUCUGCCAUCAGUGGAUGAUUUCAGCACUACAGAUGUAACUGUAAAUGGUCCCAAAGCAUUCUUUGCAAAUAUGCCAUUGUCCAAAACAUUAACAAUGAAUCUUGAUGUUCCAGAGCCAUGGCUUGUUGAGCCUGUUAUUGCUGUUCAUGACCUGGAUAAUAUCUUGCUUGAGAAUAUUGGGGACAUAAGGACGCUGCAAGCAGUGUUUGAACUUGAAGCACUUGUUCUUACUGGCCAUUGUUCAGAGAAAAACCAUGAACCUCCCCGAGGACUGCAGUUGAUUCUUGGUACGAAGAGCACACUGCAUUUGGUUGACACUCUUGUAAUGUCAAAUUUGGGCUAUUGGCAAAUGAAAGUCUCUCCUGGAGUUUGGCACCUGCAACUUGCUCCUGGUAGAAGUUCUGAACUUUAUCUUCUAAAGCAAGAUGGGGGUAUAAGUCAGGAUAAACCAUUGUCAAAACGUAUCAUUAUUGAUGAUUUGCGGGGUAAAGUCGUUCACAUGGAAGUAGAGAAGAAAAAGGGAAAGGAGCAUGAGAAAUUGUUGGUUCCUGAUGGUGGUGACAACUUGCUCGAGAAUAAUAAAGUGGGCUAUAAUUAUUGGAACUCUAAUUUUUUGAAAUGGGCUACUGGUUUGAUUGGAAGCAAUGAUCAAUCGAAACAGACUAAAAGCACGGCCAUGGAGCAAGGAAAAGGAGGGCGCCAUGGAAAGACAAUAAAUAUUUUCUCCAUUGCUUCUGGACAUCUAUAUGAACGCUUUCUGAAAAUCAUGAUAUUGAGUGUCCUAAAGAAUACACGUCGGCCRGUGAAAUUUUGGUUUAUAAAGAACUACUUAUCCCCUCAGUUUAAGGAUGUAAUUCCACACAUGGCUGAAGAAUAUGGUUUUGAUUAUGAACUAAUAACGUACAAGUGGCCAACAUGGUUGCAUAAGCAGAAAGAAAAGCAGAGAAUUAUUUGGGCAUAUAAGAUUCUAUUUCUUGAUGUUAUCUUCCCUCUUUCUUUGGAGAAGGUCAUUUUUGUUGAUGCUGAUCAGAUUGUCCGUACAGACAUGGGGGAGCUUUAUGACAUGGAUAUUAAAGGAAAACCACUAGCAUAUACCCCCUUUUGUGACAAUAAUAAGGAUAUGGAUGGAUAUCGAUUUUGGAGACAAGGAUUCUGGAAAGAACAUCUACGUGGAAAAGCAUACCAUAUAAGUGCUUUAUACGUUGUUGAUUUAAAGAAAUUUCGAGAAACAGCAGCAGGAGAUAAUCUAAGAGUUUUCUAUGAAUCUCUAAGCAAGGAUCCAAAUAGUUUAUCCAAUUUGGAUCAGGAUCUCCCGAACUACGCUCAGCAUACUGUGCCUAUUUUUUCUCUGCCACAAGAGUGGCUCUGGUGUGAGUCAUGGUGUGGUAAUGCCACAAAAUCCAAGGCGAAAACCAUUGAUCUAUGUAACAACCCCAUGACCAAAGAACCAAAGCUUCAGGGUGCCAAACGAAUCGUCCCUGAAUGGCCAGAUCUUGAUUUGGAGGCCAGAGCAUUCACAGCUAAAAUAUUAGGUGAUGUAAAUCCUAAAACACCCGACAUAUUAACCGAUCAAGUCGACAAUUCUGCGAUUAAGAAGUCUAGUGAUGAAGAUCUGGAAUCAAAGGCAGAGUUAUGAUAAUUUAAUGUGGCCUAAUGAGAUAAUUUAAGUUCUACCAAAUUAGAUCGAUGGGAGGAUUCUGCUUUUCAAUUCAGCAGCUCCUACUACCACAAGUUAGUUAGCCUUCUUAGAAUUAACUUGGGUACCAGAUUGACCCAUUCUUCAGUAGGCUGAUAAUGCAGUGAUGACAUUAUUCUCCCACCAAUUUUCUUGGAAGAGUUAUUUUAUCCUUUUAUCUCAAACCCUUCUCUAGUAUUUAAAAAACCAACUUAAUGGAAAAAGUUGGCAAUUUUGAUCAAGACAUGCAUGGCGUCAGCUGGCUUUGUAUUUUAGUAAUGACUUAACUAUUCUACAUUGAAAUUUGUGAGAAUUUUCUUCUGAUAAUUUCCAUUAGAAAACCUUUGGUUAGAAAUUUCCAUCUUGCCAUCAUAUCUCAUGUAAUACAAAUCUUAUUGAAAUUAUGUGGAAAUUCUGUAUCAGUAGCAUUGUUGUUGGUGGGAUUGGCAAAUUAUUAUGCUCAUCAUGAUCAGGAUAUGUAUUGGAGUCCCACUUUGAAUUCUCUUAUGGAAGUUGGUGUUUUCAACA